AUGACAGCAAGACUUCUAAGAACACCCCUGGCUUUGCUCUUCCUUGGCCUCUUUGGGAUCCUGAAGGCGACAACAAUAUCGUGCAGAAAUGAGGAAGGUGAAGCUGUGGAUUGGUUUACAUUUUAUAAGUUGCCUAAAAGGCAAGACAAGGAAAGUAGAGAGACUGGGGUAGAGUACCUAUACCUAGACUCUGCAAGCAGAAGCUGGAAAAGGAGUAAGCAACUAAUGAAUACUACCAAGAGUGUUUUGGGAAGGACAUUACAACAGCUAUAUGAAGCAUAUGCUUCUGAGGAUAACAACACAGCCUAUCUAAUAUACAAUGAUGGAGUCCCUAAAUCCAUGAAUUACAGCAGAAAGUAUGGACACACCAAAGGUUUACUUCUGUGGAACAGAGUCCAGGGGUUCUGGUUGAUUCAUUCCAUUCCCCAUUUUCCUCCAAUUCCUGAAGAAGGCUAUGAUUAUCCACCCACAGGGAGACGAAAUGGACAAACUGGCAUCUGCAUAACUUUCAAGUACAACCAGUAUGAAGCAAUAGAUUCUCAGCUCUUGGUCUGCAACCCAAACGUUUAUAGCUGUUCCAUCCCAGUAACCUUUCACCAGGAGCUCGUUCACAUGCCCCAGCUGUGUGCCAGAUCCAGCUCAUCAGAGAUCCCUAGCCGGCAUCUCACCACACUUCAGUCAGCCCAGGGACAAAAAUUCCUCCAUUUUGCAAAGUCUGAUUCUUUUCUUGACGACAUCUUUGCAGCCUGGAUGGCUCAACGGUUGAAGACGCACUUGCUAACAGAAACCUGGCGGCGAAAGAGACAAGAGCUUCCUUCAAACUGUUCCCUUCUUUACCAUGUCUACAAUGUCAAAGCAAUUAAGUUAUCUAGACAAUCUUAUUUCAGCUCUUAUCAGGAUCAUGCCAAAUGGUGUAUUUCCCAAAAGGGCACCAAAAAUCGCUGGACAUGUAUUGGAGACCUAAACCGGAGCCCACACCAAGCCUUCAGAAGUGGAGGAUUCAUUUGUACCCAGAAUCAGCAUAUUUACCAAGCAUUCCAAGGAUUAGUUUUAUAUUAUGAGAACUGUAACUAA